AUGCCGAUGGUCGCUGAACAGCCACGGCAACUGUCGAUUUCCUUCGAUGAGCAAACACUCUCCGACCGACUUCGCUACCGCGACUCACGCCCGCUCGACCACCGCUUUGCUAUUGAAGAGGAGGACGAGAGUACCGGCACCGCAAGCGAGCCCGCAGAACCUCUCACGCCCACCAGCCAUACCAGCGAAGGCUCACCCUUCUCGCAUCCCUUCCGUGACGAUGAUGGGUCUGUAGACGACGUGUUCGCGACCCCACGUCCUACCACGGAUGACAUGGAGAACAAGUCACCUUCCCAAGAAGUGCCCCAAAAUACCCAAAGCCCACCGAGCAUUCGGGCGCCUCAACAGGUCGAGCGACAGUCACCACCAGAGAGGCGUGGCCUCGGAAAACUGGGUUCUCUAAUCCGCGGCAAACUGCACAGAGGACAUUCAAGCAGAGAUGGAGGCAACCAGUCCGAGACUCCUAACUUUUCGACGCCCAACAGGUCUCCCAAAACAAAGGCAGAGACCAACACAUAUAUUGUCAAGACUGGCGUAGAUGGACCAGCUGAGAUAGCAACACCAGCAGUCGAUAUCCCCAAGCAAAGUAGGAGGUUGAGUUCCUUCUCACUCACACGACGCUCGGAUAAAUCUUCCCGUGCAAAUUCCCCGCCCUUAUCUGGCUCGCCCAUGAGCAGACCAUCGAUGGACAAGCGACCAGGACUUGGCGAAAAACCUGCAUCGUCAACCGGCCUGGCAAGCAUGAGCAGACCUCGACCUGGUGUCACCUGGGCGGGCAGUGGCAAUGCGAAUUCUACUACUAGGAAGUCGGGUUUCUCACGGCGACGAUCAGCAAGUACGGAACAAGUCCCACGUAUCGAUGAGAACGCAGAAAAGCCCACCGCUGGUAUGCUAAGUACUUUCUCCAAGCCGGCCGUCCAAGGUGUGGGCAUGAAGGCACGGCGGCUUAGCAUAAAUCUCCCAGAUGACUUCAUAAUAGACUGGUGCGAGCUGGAUAAGGAGUUCAAAAGUUCGAGUUUGAUGCCUGGAAAGAGGGGAAAAAUUCUAGGCAAAGGUGCAACGUCUGAAGUUCGGAUCAUGGCAAGAAGAGGUGGCAUAACCAGGGAAGAGGAUUUAGUAGCUGUAAAGGAGUUCAGAGAACGCGACAAGGACGAAACCGAGGAAGACUACGUCUUAAAGAUCAAGUCCGAAUAUAGCAUUGCGAAGAGUCUGCACCAUCCGAAUAUUGUCGAAACCGUACGGUUAUGCACGAAUCGCGGCCGCUGGAAUCACGUAAUGGAGUUUUGUACAUAUGGAGAGAUCUACUCUCUAGUAGAACGGAAGCUUUUCGCUGGUGGUGCGGAAGGGUUUUAUAGUCGGGACGAUCGGUUGUGCUUUUUCAAGCAGUUACUGCGGGGCGUCGACUACUUGCACAGCCACGGCAUAGCUCACCGAGACAUCAAGCUAGAGAAUCUGCUUCUCAGCAAGGAAGGCCAUCUUAAGAUCUCGGAUUUCGGCGUGGCAGAAGUUUUUAGCGGUGAGCAUCCUGGGCUUCGCGCGUCUGGUGGUGAAUGCGGCAAGAACAUGGGCGAAAUUCGAUUAUCUGCGCCUGGCAUCUGCGGCAGUCUGCCCUAUAUCGCUCCGGAAGUACUUGAGAAAGACCACAGCUACGACCCACGUCCAUUAGAUAUAUGGUCAACAGCCAUCGUCUAUCUCACCAUGACCUUUGGGGGAUGCCCAUGGCAGGCUGCGAAGCCUGAGUUCGAGUACUAUGCACGAUUCAAGAAGGGCUGGGAUUCAUGGCUGGAGCGUCACCCAGAUGGUGAUAUCUUCGAUGGUAUCGACGGCCACCCAAAGUGCGGCAAGCUUUUCAGCCUCAUCGAGCCCCCAUCUAUCAAACGACUGAUGUUGAAGAUGCUGCACCCAAAUCCCUCUAAACGCAUCACGAUUAAGGAAGUACUCAAAACUACCUGCAUUAAGAACAUUGGCUGCUGCUGUCCGGAAACAUACGAUGACCCCAAGAUCACGUUUGACGCUUCCAAGGCAUCGAGUGCUAGGACCGCUGCUCCGAAAAAGUACCUUCACCACCACAUUCCACCCAAGCCGGAGAACAAGGUUGGAAAGGCGUUCACUCAUCGGUUUGACAUGGGCGAACGAUAA